AUGGCCGACAGCGGCGGCUCGGGACCCUGGUGGAAAUCGCUCACGAACAGCAGGAAGAAAAGCAAAGAAAUCCCGGGGGGGCCGCAGCCCGCUGCCCAGCCCGCCCCCGGGGACCCCGCGUCCCCCAGCCCCGACUGGACUAGCAGCUCGCGGGAGAACCAGCACCCCAACCUCCCCGGCGGCGGCGCCGGCGAAGCCCAGAAGCCGGACAGGUGGGCCGGCGAGAAAGCUGCCAACAGCCGCCGCAAUUUAAAGAUCUCGCGCUCCGGCCGCUUUAAGGAGAAGAGGAAAGUGCGGGCCACGCUGCUGCCCGAGGGGGUCGCGUCCCCCGAGGAGACGAGCUUCCCCGGAGACCCCCACGAGGACAAGCAGUAG